AUGCAAGGGUUCAACAUGGGGCGGUAUGUCCCACCAGAACACGAAGGUGUUAUAUCCGGAAACAAGUUAAACAAGAAAAAACCAUCUGGCUUUCAUGGAAAUACUCAAACAGUUCGUUUUGAAAUGCCUUUCAAUAUUUUCUGUCUCCAUUGCGAUGGACAUAUCGCCCAAGGAGUUCGUUUCAAUGCAGAGAAAAAAAAGAUCGGGAAAUACUAUUCCACGCCAAUAUUCAGUUUCCGUAUGAAACAUAGCGUGUGCUCAGGUUGGAUAGAAAUCCAGACGGAUCCAAAGAACACAGCAUACGUGGCUGUGGAGGGCGCAAAAAAGCAGGCUGCUGAGGCAGAUCCUGGGGUUGGGGUAAUCAGGGUCAAAGAUCCAGAAGAGAUAUCCAGAUUGGAAGACCCAUUUGCGAAGGUAGAGAAGAAAGUUGUGGAUAAGACGGAGGCAAAGCAGGGAGCAGAGAGAAUAGCAGAAUUGCAGGGACUUAGCGACCGACAGUGGCAGGAUCCUUAUGAGCAUUCGCGCAAAAUGAGGAAGAUAUUUAGAGCAGAAAGAAAGGAACUUCAAGAAAAAUCAGCUGCGACCGAGGCUAUCCGGGAACGUGCUGGCCUGGCAAUCGAGCUAUUAGACGAAAUACCGGAAGAUGCGCAAAAGGCAAAAUUAGUUGAAUUCGGCCCGGAUUAUAGCCAAAAAAUUAACCAGGCACAUUCAAAACCUUUGUUCCCAGUUUCUGAACCAGUAAAAAGGGUUCUUGGACAAAGCUCGGCAGGAAAGACAAAGGCUCAAACAGCAGCGGAUACGACUCGGGAGAGAUUACAAACCCAACUAAGACAAAACACGAGAGCGAGAGUGGAUCCUUUCCUCCAUUCAGUCCUUGAUAAGACAAGACCAAGCCUAAAUCUCAAACUUUUGAAAAGAAAGCAGGCAGACAAUAACAGCAUGGUAGAGGACGAAGCCGAACGAUUCCCGGAUGUCACGACGGAGAAAGCAUCGAUUUUGACCAGUGUAGGGUCUGUUCGGCCAGGAGUAUCUCUGGGCUUGGAUGGAUACGAAUCAGAAUAA